CAUCGACAUAGUGAGAAGACAAGAAGAGAAGACAAGAAUUAUUGUACUUGGUAAGCAUUAUUUUGUAUCCUGCAUGGCUAUAUUGAAGUGAAAUACUAAACUCUUCACUCGUUCUUGAUUUUGCCUCAUUUAUAGUCAUUUAAUUCAAUCGAGUUGUAUGCUUGAAAUGAAACGGUGUUUUAGACUCUUCCACUCAUCAGAACUAGAAGAUGUAUUUGCUACAAGAUUUUUACAUUGUAGUGUUUCAUAAGUAUUACUUCAUUGCUGUUCCGUCUAUUCUCAUUAUCUCAUGUUUCGAAUUAAGUUCCAGUGGGAUGCAUGUUGAUUUCUAAAUUUACAACCUGACUACACGGGUUGUUAAUAUUUCAUAUGAGAAUCUAUUUUGCGCAUUUUAUGAUUCACUUGAAUUUCAAAGCAUUUAAAUAAUUUAUUUGUACUGAUUGUGACUUUUCCAUUUUCUAGAGCUAUUAUAUUUUGUUUUUCAACGAAAAUUUUCAAAAAAUGAACACCAUACUUCAAUUGGUACUUUCAACAUUUUUGCUGUUGCAACUUGGUACGGCAGCUUUCGUUCCCUUCAGUAAACUGAUGAACCGGAAUCGCCGCACAGUAACGAAACAAAUAUUGAACAAUUUCAUUGAUGAAUAUGAAUCCCAAAAGACGGCCGAAGGUAGGAUUUCUCAUUUCUUUGUAAUGUCGCUCAUUUUAAUGCAUGUAAUUUUAAAGAAACUUGGAAUUCUGUAUUCUAAUUAGUCAACAACUGUACAUCACGUCAUUAGAAGUAUAGUAAGGUUUUGCCGACGAGGAUUCUUACUUCUUACUAUAACAAUUGAGCCGGUAAAUCACUCGAGUAAUAUCCAUCAAGACUCUAAGCUUUAAUACUUCGGAAUAGAGCCGCGAAAAACCUUCACACGCUGGCUGGGAACGUUCUAAUUAGAACAAUCUUAGGAGCAUUCUAAUUGGUUGACAAUAUAGCCAGAAUGACUUGGGAAAACGGCUUGCGCAAGUCAUAGAUUUUAAUGUUAAAUUCCUACUGUGCAGCAAACCAGAACGCCGCGUUGAACUAAUUUCUGCGGUCGUUUGAGGCGUAUUUGUCCACUGUUUUUACAUGUUUGUAAAUAAUGUCUCAAUUUGCCACAUGCUCGCUAUUUGCGCAGGAAUUCCCUGUGGUGUUGCAUGAAUGGCAAUAGUUUUCUCUAGGCUUUCCUUGUUUUUCUCCUACUGUUCCCGCAUCCUUCCCCACAUGUAGACACACAAACCGGCUUCCUGUAAUCAAGCCGAGAAAAUGACGAGAUACCUCGGGUCAUGCCGAGUCAUUUUAAUACAUCGAGAACUGUUUUUAUUAAGACAUACAUGUGUGCUGCAUAGAUAUGGCCGCUAGCAAGGAAAUGUGUUCUUUUGAUCAAAAAAAAUUACAGGAAAACUCCAUUGAUUAGCGUGAGAAUGCUCUUCAAAGAAUAGCAAUCGUUGUCUGCAAAUGAACACAGGUGCUUAUCAUUUGUAUAAUAAUACUAUAUAUAGUUUGGUUUUCAUUCGGAUUUAAAAUCUUAGAUUUAAUGUUUUUGACAAAUAUUUUCGCGUUCUUGUUCAAAAAAAUAAAUUUGCAUGGAGUCCCUUUCAGGGAGAUGUCAUCACACGCGUUUCUUUUACCGUCAGACUUUUUCAGUUACUUGUAAUUUAUGUGUAGUGUAGUGGUCAACCACGAUUGCGUUCACAGAUAUAGAUCGUACCCCCUACAAUUGGGCGUGGCUCCCGACAAUUGUCCUGUUUUGAAAACAAUGAUGCACGGAUUCUUUCUACUCGUAGAUCAGAAACGUCGCUGGUCACUAUUCAUUCACUUCUAAAUUAUAUAAAAACUAUAUAAUUCGGUUUGUCAAUUUGAGAUGAACAGCUUGAUGUUGUCGAAAUUAUUACUCCGUUUAUGCCUGUACGGUAUUGAAUGUUGUCUGCAUUUUGUAACAAAACUUUUGCUUUAAAAUAUUUGCAUAGCUACAUUUGGCUUUGCUUAUAAAAACAUAAUUUGUCUAGCCUUUAUUUACUGUACUAAUAUCUCUGUUUAUUUCCAUGUCCUUUUUUAACCGAUUUCGUGUUGAUGGCAGAAGCGCAUGAAGUUUGUAAAAACAUCUACAUCUUAUAAAACCUUAUAAUCUCUUUGUGUAAAUAUGAUUUUAGUUCUUGAUUCAAGAUAUAUUAGAACGGAACCAUUUUUAACAAAAAAACUGCAGAAGUGUUUUUAAACAAGAAUCUUGUUAGCCUUUCAAACUGUGAUAAAUGUUUUCUUAGUAAGCACUGGACAAUAAAGACGAUUGCCAAAUUUACAAAGACGUAUUUGAACAUAGUUUGUAUAAUGCAAUGUCUAUACAAACUCGGUGAAAGGACAACAUCACUCGUAUAUCUUGUUUUUCUUCGUUACGUAUGCAUUGUAUUGUUGCCAAAUCAAGCAAUAACGAUGUUUAACUAAGCAAUUGAUCAAAUUACGCAUGCAUAACUAGGCCAAGACAUCCUUAAUGAACCGAAUCAAGCCUCUUCUUAGACUUAAGGCCCACACAGACCGGACGUACGCGAUUCAGCAACGCGACGCGAAUUUUCAGUUUUCAAAAACAAAUAAAACCGUCAACGGAUAAAAAUUUUACAAGAUAUGCAGACCAAAUAGCUAAAAUUGCUUAAGUGGUUCCGAAUAUUUGAAAAACAUUGAAAAAUAUUAAAGUUAAAUGUCAUUGAAAACUGAAAAUUCGCGUUGCGUUACCAAAUCGCGUCCGGUCUGCGGUAUGGGCCUUUAAGGGCCCCGAUUUACACUUGCCGAAUUUUUGCUGCGAUUUCAUCUGAUGCAUGUGAACGAACGAGAUACGGUUAUAUGAAUGUUCUAAGUGUAUGUAUCUUCAUCUGAACAUUCAUAACUCACUAUCCACUCGUACUUCAUUUUGAAACUCGCAUUUCAUUUCACAGCAAGAAUUGCACGUGUAAACGGACCUCAAUAGAAUUAUUUUAUAAUGUAUACGUUUAUAUAAAGCGCGCAGGAGCUGAGUUUAAUUAAGGCACUUUUUGUUUUUGGGUAAGAGAUAGUGAACAUCAAAGACAAGAGUAAUUUGCCUCGCAGUUGAAGACAUAUAGUGACCGCUGCCAAGUUAAGUAGCGCUAUAGACCACCAAAGAUGUGCGCGAAGCAGUAUUUUGACCACACCAACGUAACGUGGCUAUUUACGUUAGUUAAGAGGUUUAAAAUUCGUGUGCAGACAGCAGGAGACUGAAGCGUAAUACCGGACAUGCGUGUUGUAAGAUGGAUCAGCCCACUGAGCUUUAACUUCAAGCACGGUUAAUAGAAGUGUAACCGUGCUUCAAGUGACUGCGCGUAUAAAAACACGAAAUACUGACACAAUCUAAAGUGCCAAAUGUAUUCACUUACCGAAUUGGCUUGAGUGUACACGAUGGCACACAAUGACUAUAGGAUUCACGUUUCAGUCAAACGUCGCGAUUAUCGUGAACCGAUCCUGAUGUACAGGGACUGAACUCGUUAUUUGACUGCAUUGAGUUUGGCGUUUCAACUAGUGAGACCUCAAAACAAGGUUUUUUUAUGUGCUUUUUUAUUUGGAAAGAACUCAUCUCUUGUUUGAUGGCCAGUCUUAUUCUAGUCAUUUUUCUUUAAGAGGACUUUUUUGUAUGUUACGUAACACGCGCUCAAAAACAUUUAAUGAGUGUAAUAUACCACUUGCUGUUAUGACUAUAAUCUAUAUAUCCAAAAAUGUUAUUUUUCGAUACGUUUCUCAAUCGGCAAAAAAACUUAAAAAGUAUGUUUAGUCCUUUAUCUGUAAAAUAAUACCAAAAUGAAGAGAUUUUAGAUGGUACGCCAAAGAGAAAAUGAUGUCUGAAGUUCAGCAAUUUUGGCUUAUAUUGCUGUACUGUAUGGCCGCGUCGCUUUUAAAGCGUCAUUGAUAAUUGUAUUUUAAUUGUAUUUUGUACUGUAUAGACUAGAGAAUAAAGUUAAAACAAAGCAAUCUUGAGAUGUACGCCAAAAUGAUUUUCGGUUUUGAACACUUUUCAUUGCAAAUACGUGACAUAGAAAAAAAUUGCCUCUUAACAAUCAAUUUCGUACUGUACAUUCCUCAGUAUUCGCCUUAUUUACAUAAAAACCUAAUGUACAUCGAUGGUUUUGUUAAUUUCACUCUUCAGCUUCAAAAAGCUUCCUGGACGAUUAUCGAAAAUCCCCUUGAAAAUAUAAGCUUAUUAAUGAGGAAUUACUCUUAGAUACACAUCCUUGAGACAUUUUGGAUGGACAGAACACUUGUGGUUAGCACAUGGUUAGAUUAUACUCGACUUUAUUUGGCAAUGACUUCCUAAUGAAGUUAAAUCUUGAACUUUUGACUGAACACGCACAAAAAUGGAGACGUUCAAACGUCCAACUAACUUCGAUACCGAAUCUCUAAUGCAAAUAAGCUCAAAAUAUAUUAACUGGAUGGUUUUUUCCUGAACUCAUUGGUGUUUUGCUUGAACUCAUUGAUGUUUUGGUCGCCAAUUAGGUUCGGCACAUGACAAACGCGACGUUUUAAUUAAGCGUAAAAAGUCCACGAAUUUCUAUGAUUAUCCAUCCUUUGUUGUAGUAAACAUGCCCGUUUUCUGCAAAGUGUUUUUCCUUCUUGGAAAAAGUAGAAGUUCGAGUUCAUUCUCAUCCAGAAUGAUUAUAACACCUUAUAGAUUACCAUGCACUAGAAAAUGGUAUAUAAUCAUGGUGUAUACUUUUUGAAUAAACAAUGAAUACCAAGGAUUUUCGAACCUGCUUCGAGAAGCUGUAUAAGGAAAGAUUAACUAAGACACUUAAAACAGGUUUUUUCAUGAGAUUCAGUAGGGUUUUUCACACUCGAUCAACUCUUGCUAUUUUAGACAUUUAUGUUGAACCAUUCUUGAAUUAUUUUUGGUUUGAGAUAGAGAGGUCUGUCUUCUGUUUCAUUAUUAGAAAUAGCAGAAGUUUUCAAAAUUGCUUCGAAACUAAAUUGGCACUUAUACGUUUUUCAACGAGAUCUUUAAUGUUACGCAUGCCAAGUGGCGUCACAUUGAGAGUCUGUUGCUGGUUAAAUAAGUGCCUUUUAUACAAGUAAACAAGGUCAAAUAGGAACGCGGUUCUCAAUUAAAGUUUUUAAAUCUCGUUAUAGUUCAGACGAGUAUUUUUAAUAAUAAAAUGGAUUGUCUUCUUAAAGCUUAGUUCUGAAUUCUUGGCUCCGAUUCAGAAAUAUCUUCUUAUAAUUAUCUUUUUCCUUGUUAGUUUAUUAGCCUUUCAAAAAUUUGCUUUUCGUGACUUAUCAGUUAAAUAUGGCAAAUCCACUACAUGAUUGAUUGUUAACCUGGCCAAGUCCCAAUACUUGACCUAACGAUGUAAUUAGCAUAAAUUGCGGGCAUGGCAUCAACCUACUAUUAAAUACAAGGAAUUAUAGUUUUUAUUGUUAUAUUCUGCUUUUACACUUGAGGGGGACACUUUUUGCCACUAGUGUAAUGAAUACUGUUUCUGACGUUCUUACGGUCUGUAUUAUACGUCGAAUUUUGGUCGCGUCGGAUGCAAUUAAGACAAUAGAUAAUGAGAUGAUAAACCUCAUUAAGCUUCACUACUUACUGUUGGAAUUGCAUUCGACGCGACCGAAAUUCGACGUAUAAAAAAGGCCUCAGGAAUAAUGUGUUGAGUUAAACUUUGCUUACAAAAAAAUAUACCACCAGUAGAUGAUUAAUCUGGAAUAAGUUUCAAUAUAAGUAUAUUUAUUACUGCAAUAAUUUAUUUAGUUUCAUAAUAUUAUAAUUUACUACCACAUAGUGCAUGAGUGCAUGAUACCAUGCGGGUUUUUGAAUUCCAGAAUCCAAGCCUUUUAACUUUUACAAUGUAUUCGAAUUAAUUCUUUUUUCUCAUUCCAGAUUUGAACUCGCGUACGUGUGCUUAUUACAACUACGAGGACGAUUGUCACAACAGCAACGAUGGAUGUGGCGAACAGACAGAGACAUGCACUGGUAAAUCAAGUAACGUUGGCUGUUACACAGCGUGGGAUAACAACCAAAGGAUAUUACAAGGCUGUUGGCUCGCAUAUAGCAGAACGGCAUGCACACCUGGGAAAUGUUUAACCGAACAAGCCAUAUCGAAUCCGCAUUACCGAGGGACAUAUUUUUGUUGCUGUUUUGGUGAUAACUGCAAUGAAAUAUACGGUCUGUCUAAUAACAUCCCAAGUUGGCCAUGAGAUACUGAUUUGAUAUGGUCACCCUUCUACACAAGAAUAAAAUAUGAUAUCCAAGUUUAUCUUAAAAUAUGCUAGCAAAAAUGAAAAGACUCUUUUGACGAGUUGCUAGUUUUUGAGGGAUAAUUUAAGAACAGUCUGCAGCAGUAAGUAGGUUUCAUUAAUUAAACCAGUGGACAUAGUAGUGGUCAACUGUGACCAUUGACAUAUAUAUAUACAUAUAUAUUUGGACUGCUUAAUAGCUUUGACUGAAGGCUUGCGUGGCAAAUUGAAGCGGACGAAUAUGAGAGUAAACAGCACUGCUGGCGCAUAGCAAAAUACUUUCAGUUCUGAGUACUGGUCAGCGGUCGACUCCAUCAGCAAUCACUCAUAUUUCCACCAUAUUGCGAAGACCGAGCAAGCAGUCCAGGUGUAUAUAUGUAUAUGUAUAUGUCAAUACUGUGACAGUCUUAAAUCAAUACAUCCAAGACCAAAAAGUAUGCGUGACGUAAUUAUCGAAAGGGUGUAUUCAAAGUUGACCAGCAUGUUGAGCACCAUAUAAAAUCCUUAGUGAAACCUACUUACAUGCGAUAUUUGAACUCAAGGUCCUCAGAUAGUCGGCACUUCCAUUGUGAAUUUUCAGCACCUGAAGAAAAACUUUGUUGUUAUAUAAUAAGUUAUAUUAACUGAUAACAUAUAUAUAUUUAUUAAUAAUUUGCCAAUAUAAACUAACUAGAGUUGAGAGUAGAGGCUAACUAUGGACGUUGUUUUAUUGACUGUUCUUGGAAUGACAUGUUUGAAAAAUGCGAAAUGGUAUUGAUGUUAUUCCAAAAAAUUAUGAUUUUUUAUUUGUCAUCACUUUUAAUGUAGUAACUAUUUAUUGGAGAAAUUACGAAGCUAUCUUUGUAUAUAUACAGUCAUAGUUUAGAAUCAUCUUUAGAUUUUGGACACUUCUACAUUGUAAGAAAUUUACUAUGGAAAAUAUACUGUCUAUAUUCUGUGA